AUGGGCUAAGAGAAAAAGACAAAACAGUUCCACCAUGCAGAUUUCGAAAUUUUUAGUUCUGCUGCAUCGCAACCGCAUUUUACCAUCACCAGGACUACUACUGCGGGGACAUCGUUAUCGUGGGCCAAAAAACUGUAAAAUUUGACGUAAGCAUCGUAUACACGGGCCACUGUAUUUCCAUCUCGCCGUUAAUAUUCGUGACGGUAGAAGUGAGAAGUUUUGCUGCGCCUUUGGCCAGCAUUUUCUUUUUAUUAUCAGCCGCCAUCUGCAGAGAGGCCCUCCUCGCCUCGUCAUAGCCCCACCGACAGCCCCAGCCGGCACCUCUAUUGAGGCGCUAUCGACCAGCUGUAUAUCGACGCCCUCCCGGGGCCGGCGGGGGCCCUGGGCCGUAGGGGAGGCCGCGCCGGCCAGGACACCGGCCAGUGCAGGUCUUGAGCUUCCAGUAUUCACGCGUGGACGGCAACCACCAGGAUGAAGUACCAGCAGGUAACGGUGGACGUGUGGAAGAUGAUGGUGACGGCGGCCUCGUACAUGGCGCUGGCCUUCGCCGCCUGGGUGCUGCUGCGGCUGGUGAGCGCGUGCAUCUCGCUCCCGGGGCACCUCCGCAAGCAGCAGGAGGAGGAGGAGGAAGAGGAGCGCAGGCUGCUCGCCGAGUGCGCCUCCGAGGAGGAGGGCGAGGGCGAGCCAGAGCAGGAGCAGGAGGAGGACGCCGGCGGGGAGCCAGAGGCUGCCGCCGAGGGGGAUGCUGCCGCGGCCACCGCCACGACCGCCAUCGUCACCACGAGCGUGACGCCCGCUUCGCCGCAGGCGCGCGGCCGACGCCGGGGUGGAGCCCCGAAGGCUGAGCAGGUGGACGCCGCCGGGGCUGGCGCCGAGCACUGCCCUGUACCCCCAGCCCCAACUUCCCCGGUCAGACAGGUCGCCGCCCAACCCCAGGCCGCAGACGCGGAAGAGAAAAAGAAGAAGAAAAAGUGAAAAUCUGUUUCCUAAUGUAAGCCCCCUCUGUCUGAGUGUUUGUUUCUAACCAUCCUGACGUUGAAAUAAUGUCGAAAGCCCAUCGCAAUUUUAUCAUCUUGUCCCACGUCAGCGCUCAUCGGCCUUCGGGCCCAGGGGCGGCCAGCGGCCAGGGGCCAGGGCGUCGCUCGAACACGGGCAAAGAGGGCUGCAAAGCCGCGUAUCUGACGUUGCGGCUCGCACAAAAGGAACCGACGGCCCGGCCCGUCCUACAAUGGGACCAGGCCGCCGGGUUGCCUACCCUGUCGAACACAGGCGCGCGUCGUGUCGUCGGGCCGGGCCGGCCGGCUGGGCCUCACUGCCCUGAAUACGCUCUGCCCUGCCUUCGGCCACGUGCCAUCGGGUUCGUUUGUGUUUCCCCCUGUCGGUGACAGGCUCUUUUGAAAAGCCCGCCGUGGUGCUCUUCCUUUCAUUGCACUAAUUUGAAUAGAGCGACGUGCCGCUAUCUAGUGACGAGCACUGCCCUCUGUGCGUGUUGAAUGUAGUGUGCGAGCAAAUUUGCUCUAUGAAGUUGUUUUUCUCUUCCAUUCUCUCCCAUCGUCUUUUCUCUAUUAAUACGGACCUUCCAUUUAAUCGUGUUUUUAAGAGGUUUAUUCUCCUGUGAUCGUUUUGUGUAUUCCGUCAUUUUAGACAGUCGCCAAGACUGUCUUCCAGAAUAUGAAAAAGUGUUUUGAUGCCCGUUCCGUGUAGUUUGUAUAUGUCGUUUGUAAAGCGUUAAAUGUGUUGAACAAUAAACUCCAUACCAACUAACACAAA